CCAAAAAGCCAUCACCGCAAUUCCAGUCACUUGACUCAGCUUUGACUUCGGUCGUCCACUCUUUCACAACCCUAUAAGCUUGCAGCUUUCAUCACGUUCUUUUUCACUUCCAAAAACAAACUACCCUUGUUCGUUUCUACACGUUCAGUAUACCAAACAACAUAUUCAAGAUGCGUUUCACCGGAGCUGUUUUCUUCGCCGGCGCCGCCAUGGCCGGUAGCACUAUUUACUCGACUGACUUCGUGACCAUCACCUCGUGUGCCCCCACCGUCACCGAUUGCCCGGCCAGGUCCACCGUCACCUCCAGCACCGUCUACCCGGUGUCCAGCGGUGUCGUUUCCAGCGCCGUCACCAGCGCUGUUCCCGCCCCCAGCCACUCUGCUCCUUCCAACGGCACCGUGCCCGGUUACCCUACCGGCCCUGCCGUCUCUCAGAGCGUUCCUGUUGGCACUCCCAGCGCUCCCGCCCCGGCUGCUAGCUCCCCCGCCAGCUCUGCGUCCAAGUCCACCCCUGCCGGUGGUUACCCUACCGGUGGCGUUCCCUCUGCGUCUGCUCCUUACCCUACCACCAAGGUUCCCCAGCAGCCCAGCUACGCCACCUCUGUGAUCCCCAUCACCUACACCACCUGUGUGCCCACCACCACCGUCAGCUACUCGACCAUCACGGUCACCCCCUCUGCCCCCGCCGGCACUGGCGUCCCCUCUGUCCCUGGUGCUCCUCACUCCACCGGCUCUUUCACUGCCUCCAACCCUCCCUCUUCCUCGUACCCCACUGGCAGCCCCAUCCCCACUGCCGGUGCUUCCACCGUCGCCGGCUCUGGCCUCUUCGCGGCCGUUGUCGGUGCCGCCGCCCUCUUCUUCGCUUAGGCGAUCACCCUUGGUUUUCUGUGUUAAUGAUUCAAAGCCGGGAUAUGGCCGAUUUGGCAAUCAUGAGGCGUGAACGUAACGGUUCGGUUGCAUAUGUACUUAAUUCCUAAUUGUAUUUAUGGCCUCGGAUGCCUAUGACAAAGCCAGCUUCAUUCGAAGUUCAUAUUUGCAAAAACUCCUUGAAACGCACAACUGUCUUCGGCUUCUUCCAAAUCGUGAAUGUUGCAUUUUCCCUCUCCCCCGCUCCCUUGUAGUCCCGGUGAUGUAUCUGGUUGGAUGUGUCGGUGCGCUUGGUGCAUGUGUGGUAGAUAGUUAAUUUAGCCCCUGAUACGUAAUUUCCGAUCCUUGUUUAGGAUCGCCGCGGUUUCUCCAACCUUGGCGAGGCGCGGUUAUCUUGCGCGUG